AUGGAUGCAACGACAAAGAGAAUAGACGCAACGCUCAUGAAAGCAAACCAGAAGAAACUCGUCCGCAUCAUAGGCAAAUGCGAAUCGUCCAACACCAACGCAACCGCGUCCGCCGUGCUCAUAGCUAACGGACCAGUGCAUCUAGAUCUAAGUGCCGCUACAUCGGAAAAUGGCGAAGACUCAGGGUUGAUGACCGUGAAUAAGUUCUACGAGAUUGUGGGUAAAGUCAGCAGUAACCCCAAUAAUUUGAAAGUGCAUGUGUAUUCUGUGAUUGAGCUUGGUGAUGAUUUGAACGUGGAGGCGGCGGAAAAGUUGGUGUUAUAUAGUCAGAAAGUGCCUGAGUUGUUUUGCGAUUGA